AUGAAGUCCUUCAUCGCUCUUCCUCUGCUCGCCGCCGCCACCCUCGCUCUUCCCCAGCUCGAGGCUCGCGACGACGCCGACGCCACCACCAAGGCCUUUAAGGAGGCAGACACCUCGCGCGCCGACUGCUGGAAGAAGGAUCCCAACGUCUGGUGGCUAACCGGCAGCGCCACGCUCAUUGAGGACUGCACUGGUACCAUUGAGUACUGCCUGCGCGGCUUCUACUCCAAUCACGGCGAAGAGUUUGACGACGCCGACGCCUGCCUGCGUUCGCGCGGCCUCGACCCAGAGAACGACGUCGACGCCAUGCGCAUGGUCUCCCGAGACGACUACAAGAAGGGCAGAGGUGCGCUGCAGGAGGCCAACCACAUCUACGCCCGCUACAUGCUGCUCACGAUGCUCAGCCGCACCCACGUCCCGGACGGAAAGGACAAGGAGUCGCGCGAUGGGGUUGCGAAUGCAAAGUACUUCCAUAAACGAGCGUUUGGCUCAAAGCACGACGAGGAGAUUGAGGCAGGCAUCCAGGAGGCGAGGGGUAGGAUGAAUGCGUUUUGGUCCGGGGUCCAGGACAAUAAUUUCGAGCAGUUGCUCAACAUGGACGCCUGGUUCAAGGAACACUCUGAGGAGAAGUACUUCCAUCAGUGGUAA